CGGGGGAGGGCGGCGGGGAGGAUGGGGGAGGGCCCGGGGGCGGGCCUCGCGAGUGUCCCCGCCCCGCCCCGCCGCGCCUCCUGCCAGCGGCUGCGGCGACCGCGGCGGUGCUGUCCGCUCCCGGAGCCGGCGCGAAUCCGGUCCCCGGCGGCGGGAUCCGGGCAAGUCGUGACGAGCCCUGCCUGGGCUGAAGAGUGCGGAGGAUGGAAACACGCACCCAGCAAUGUCUCUGGGCCGCCUGCUUCGCCGAGCCUCCUCCAAAGCCUCAGAUUUCCUGACCCUCACCCCCAGUGGCACUGGUGGAUCCCCCUCUGUCCUGGAUGGAGAGAUCAUCUACUCUAAGAACAAUGUCUGUGUGCACCCACCCGAGGGGCUGCAGGGCCUGGGGGAGCAUCACCCAGGGUACCUGUGCUUGUACAUGGAGAAGGAUGAAUUGCUGGGCACCACCCUCAUCCUGGCGUGGGUCCCCAACACCCGCAUCCAGCGGCAGGACGAGGAAGCCCUGCGCUACAUCACCCCCGAGAGCUCCCCGGUUCGCAAGGCACCACGCCCUCGGCGCCACCGCAUCCUAAGUACCGGUGUCCCCUGCCAGGCCUCCCCCGCGGAGCCGAGGCCCACAUUGAUCCCCAAAGACAAGGACAUCCUGGUGGUGGGCCAGAGCGUCCAGGAUGCUGUGCACAUCAGCCCUUCACCCGAGGAUGGGGAGAGGCUGGCCCAAGGCCCUGGGGUGGACAGUACCCUCUCUGCCUCGCAGCCUGCCCACAGUGACUCUGGGAUCCUGUCUACAGUCAGUUUCCAGGAUGAGACAGAGGAGGGCCGGGAGGCUCGGCCCGAGGCCGGGGAGGAGGAAGGCUCCCUGGAGCUGUCGGCAGAUGGCGUGAGCAGGGACAGCUCCUUUGACUCAGACUCAGACGCCUUCUCCUCACCUUUUUGCCUGUCGCCCAUCAGCGCGGCCCUGGUGGAGGGCAGCAGCUCCGCAUUCCUGGAGAGCGAGGGCAGCUCCCCCUCCAGCUCCGAUGCCAACUUGAGGUUUCCGGAGGGCACCGGCCCCCUACAGACCCCACGCUGGGAAGAGUCACAGCGGGGCUGCGCGCUCGAGCAGAUCUGCGGCGUGUUCCGUGUGGACCUGGGGCACAUGCGCUCCCUGCGCCUUUUCUUCAGCGAUGAGGCCUGCACCAGUGGCCAGCUGGUGGUCGCCAGUCGAGAGAGCCAGUACAAAGUCUUCCACUUCCACCACGGCGGUCUGGACAAGCUGUGUGAAGUAUUUCAGCAGUGGAAGUUCUGUGCCGAGACACACCUACGAGACCAGCAGGUCCCAGAUGAACGGACGUGCAUGCAGUUCUCCAUCCGACGGCCCAAGCUGCCAUCCUCCGAGACACACCCUGAGGAGAGCUCCUACCGCAGACUGGACGUGUCCACCUGGCUCAGUCACCUGAAUGAGCUGGGCCAGGUGGAGGAAGAGUAUAAACUGCGAAAGGCCAUUUUCUUUGGUGGCAUUGACGUGUCAAUCCGGGGGGAGGUCUGGCCCUUCCUGCUGCGCUAUUACAGCCCCGAAUCCACAUCGGAGGAGCGGGAGGCACUGCGGGUGCAGAAGCGAAGGGAAUACGAGGAGAUCCAGCAGAAGAGGCUCACCAUGUCUCCCGAGGAGCACAGAGCCUUCUGGCGGAACGUGCAGUUUACUGUGGACAAGGACGUGGUCCGCACAGAUCGGAGCAACCAGUUCUUCCGAGGGGACGACAAUCCCAAUGUGGAGAGCAUGAGGAGGAUCCUGCUGAACUAUGCCGUGUACAACCCAACCAUCGGCUACUCCCAGGGCAUGUCAGACCUCGUGGCACCCAUCCUGGCCGAGGUCCUGGACGAGUCUGACACCUUCUGGUGCUUUGUUGGCUUGAUGCAGAACACGAUCUUUGUCAGCUCUCCCCGGGAUGAGGACAUGGAGAAACAGCUGCUCUACCUGCGGGAGCUGCUACGGCUGACGCAUCUGCGCUUCUACCAGCACCUGGUGUCACUGGGCGAGGACGGCCUGCAGAUGCUUUUCUGCCACCGCUGGCUCCUGCUGUGCUUCAAGCGGGAGUUCCCCGAGGCUGAGGCCCUGCGCAUCUGGGAGGCCUGCUGGGCCCACUACCAGACGGAUUACUUCCACCUCUUCAUCUGUGUGGCCAUCGUGGCCAUCUAUGGGGAUGAUGUCAUCGAGCAGCAGCUGGCCACAGACCAGAUGCUCCUGCACUUCGGAAACCUGGCCAUGCACAUGAACGGGGAGCUGGUGCUCAGGAAGGCCAGGAGUCUGCUGUAUCAGUUCCGCCUCCUGCCACGUAUCCCCUGCGGCCUGCAUGACCUGUGCAAACUCUGUGGGACAGGCAUGUGGGACAGCGGGUAUAUGCCUGCCGUGGAGUGUGCCGGCCACCACCCCGGCUCCGAGAGCUGUCCCUAUGGGGGCACCAUGGAGGUGCCUGCACUCAAACCCCUGAGAGAUGGCAAGAAGGGCACAAAGAUGUCUCGGGAAGGCUUUGGUUUCCGCAGAUAGGAGCUGCUGCCUGCUCAGAACAAGGGGUGUCGGGCCUCACCAGAGGUCCUAGCAUGUGGGAGGGGUGGGGACGGGCGUGGAGGGGACAGGGAUGGUAAAAGUGUAAGAGAGUGCCUUCUGGCAGCAUGAAGAGAACCACUGCAUAGCAAUGACAGUCAGGAAAUGACAGCAGGAGUCCACCCAGUGAGAGGCUGGCUUCGGGAACUCAGCCAUGGGGCCCUCGUGCCAGCCACCUUCGGUUAGUUUCGCAUGAUCCGGAGUUCUUCCAUGCCAGGGAAUGAGAAACGCAGGAACAGGAGAAGGAAGCCUUAUCCACCCCCAGCACCAAAGGAGGUGGAAAAAUGGGGUGCUCUGCGCAGGCCGGAGACUUUCCUGCAAGCCAGGCGCCUUUACACGCCCCACCAUGCUCUUCCAGGAAUACAGACACUCCCUCCUCGUUCCAGAAAGACAUAUGUGGGAGCAGCCAAGAGAGGCCUCCUGAGGUCAGGGUCAGUGUUAGGGCUGGGUUGGGGUCGUGCCCGUGGGGGAGAGGAAGUGCCUGCCUCGUCACUCGUCAGAUGCAUCCUCCUGGUUAGGACGUUCACCUAAGGAUCUGAGGUGCUAUGCAAGAUCGGCCCCACCAAAUACAGCAGCCAACCGGGAGCUGAAAGGACUGAAGCAUGUGUAUGCAUGCAUGUGUGUGCGUGUGUGUGUGUGUGUGUGUGUGUGUGUGUGUGUGUACAGGAUAUUAAGUGACCAGCUAAAGACAGAUGCCUGAGCUGGCUGGGCAGGAGGAGCCACCUGCUUCAGGACCUGCAGCCUCUGCUUGAACAUGGCUUCCUGUCAGGCGUCUUCUCAGGUGGCUGGGCACAAAAGGCCACUGUCACAUCGCAGCACACAGUGCUGUCUGCUUCUGGGAGGGAGACUUCCAACACAUCGUCCUCCAAAAGACUGUCACUCACUGCUUCUGGGAGUGAGGGAUGGACAGAGCAGACUUGAGAUCUGCACUGAGAGCUCCCUCAGCCCGAAUGGAAAGUCCAUCUGAGGUGGCAGGAGUGGGGCGCUCAGAGCCUUCUCCCAGUGUCACCGGGGCAGGGGUUCCUCGUGCUCAGCUCUGUCGUGGGAGAGUAGGCACUGCUGGACAGUGCCAUUUUUCAAAGAUGUUUGUCAGCAGGAAAGAGGGAAGUCCCUGUCACCAGCCCCUCCCCCUCUGUGCUUUGUGAGCCUGGUCCUCUCUAUGGGAACCUUCAAGUUCCUGGGGGUCCCUCUGUCCAGGAGCCCUGGGCCAGCGGGGGCGUAUGGGGGAGAGGAGCCCUGUCAUUGUGCCAAUACAUUGUGCCACUACUUAUGUGAUCUGAUAGUGGUGGCCCUGGGAGAUUGGAUCCUCAUCUGCUUUGCAGGAAGAGGAUUGUUGGCUCCUGAUGCCCUGGGGAAUUAGCUAGAGUUAACCACACCUGUCUGCUCCAACCUUCUGGGAGCCGGACUCCAGAGACAGGUAUACUGUCAGCUGCCCCUUCCCACCGUAAUACACUGUAGCAAUAACCCCAAAGCUUGGUGACCUAAAUCCAUGUUCACUUAGCUCACAUGCAGAUUUGCUGGUUACAGUCCUGGCUGGGCAGUUCUGGUCUUGGUUGGACUUGCUCAGCCCUAAAGUUCCAGUGACUCUGGGGUCCCAGAGAGGUAAUCCCCAGGAAGGGGUAGGUCUCCUGCAUCCCUCCUGCUGGCCAGCCUUGCUGGGCACGUGCCUUUCCUAGCCUUGCAGACAUCCUGCCUGCUGGCAUCACUGUGGUUAAAGCGAUCAGAUAGCCGAAAUUGGCAUCCUGGGAUGGGGCAUGGACCCUUCCCUGUGGUGUUCCCUCUGCACGGUCAGGUAAGCAAAGGCUGAGUUCACAAAAAAGAGGAAUGAGGAUUGCUGUUACAAUCUCCUGCCCUUGCCAGGAAGUCUUGCUGCUGCCCCACGUCACUCCCCAGAGAAGAGCAGCGUCCUGCCCUGCCCUGCCCUGCCCUCACCUCCCCUCCCUGCAGCCUGACACCUUGUGCCUUCUGGCUGCUGUAUCUGCAGGAUGGGGUGGGGGAGGGGAGCAGGUGGAAGGACACCCAUCCUGUCUCAGCCUCCCCGGGUUCCUCCCUGGCAGCCCCCAGGACCUGACUCAGACCCACCAGCUGCAUCCUCCCGGGGUGCCACCCCUUCCUCUCACCCCACCCGCCAUGGGUGACACAGGUCCAGGGGGACAGCUACACCUGUGGGCCAGCCAGGGUCUUGGCAGCCAGAACAGGGAGUGUCCGGUGGAGGAACCGUGCUGGAGGCAGUGGGGAGGGGGGAUAUCCAUCGGAGAAGCCCUAGUCGCACAGCUCCCUUAAUCUGGAUGCAAUUAGAGGAAACCAGCCAAAACCCCUGCGGCAGCUGUUACCCCAGGAUUAUUCCCAGCCAGCAAAAGGCAUUAGGGUGAUAAUUCAGUCAUUAGACUCCAAGCCUUCCCACCGCCAGGAUGUGCAAAUAGGGGGUAAUCAGCCCGGCACUGCCAUCUCCAGCGAUGCUGCUUAUUUAACCCAUUUUUUAAAAUGACACUUAAUGCUAUUGGCGGGCGCACGUGUGUGCGCAUACUUAGAAGUUGGCGCUCACUUCAGCCCCACCACUAAUGUCUGUGCUGACAGUGCUGUGCAGUGUCACCUGGGGCCUCUGGGAUGAGAGGGCACCUUUGAUGUGUGCGUGCAGGCACUAGUAGAGCACUGGUGAAGCUUGAUGUCUGCUGCCACCCAGGGAGACCCCACCAACUUCUCACUCCAUCUCCCAGGGAGAAAGGACAGUGCCAGGAGCUCAGAAGGGGGACACACCAGGAAAUGGCAGGGCUCUGUGACCAGGCCAGAAAGAUGUCUUCCCAGGGUGUGGGGGGCACAGUGCUCUUCUGGAAGAUUCCACCUCAAGUCCCAGCCAGGAGGACUCAUUAGUCAUGGUAUAGCUCACCCCUACAGAGGAGCAGGGUCCAGAGUCCACUGGGCAGCCCUGGGCCUGGGCACUGUCCAUACUGUGUCCUCCUGAUCCACCCAGCUUCUGGCAAGAGGGAAACUAUUAAACCUCAGAAGCAAGGACCCCAGCCUCAGAGCCCGUGUCACACACUGCUGGAGGGGGGCUUUAAAGUGGGAGCUCACCUUUACCUUGGACAGUGGCCGAGGCUGGCAGAGGGCACCCAGCUCUUACCUUUGACAGGUGGUCCUAAAGGGGCGGUUGGCCUUGAGGAAGUGGGGUGAGGAUGGUAGAUGAGGCUCCAGUUCCUGUAAGGUCCCUCAGGGCUCUUGUCUGCUUGAAGAGGGUAGCCUUAGGGAAGUGGGGGUUAGCUUGGGCUGUGCCUUGGGAAGGUCCAACCUCCUCUGAUCUCUGCAGGGAGGGAGGGCUCUGGGACAUCCUUGACUCAUGGGAAGAGGUUAGGAGUUACUGUCUGUGUAUCUGUGCAGAAGACUCAGGAGGCUGCCCUGCCUCAGAAAGAGGGAGAAGAGGUCCCCUGGGAAAACCACACACUACUUGGGGGUACAGACCCGGGACAGUGGUGGGACUGGCUGCCCAGCUGGGUUUACCCGUCCCUGGAACUGGCCCUAGGAUCUGUGAAGCCUAGGGUUCCAGCUCCUAGUCUGGGCAAAAGCGUCCAUCUCUGAAAGCCGGCUUCCCCAGAAGUCCUCCCCAGAGCUGAGAGGCUGUACUGCGCAGGGGGAGGAGCUCUUCCCAGGGUCUGGGAUGUGGCCUCCCUGAUGUAUGAUCUGCUUCCUCUCCCAGCCUGUUCCUCUCCUUGGAAGCAAAAAGAAGGUGCCCCCAGGCCGUCUCUCAGGGCUGCCACAGGGCCCCUAGGUGUCCAAGCCACAGUGCAGAUGCUUUACCAUGGCUCAGGACCUCACCUGCCCCUCAGGGAAGAGACUGCUGGUGUUAGGCUUAAGCUGUGCUGCCCCCGUGGAGCUAAAUGCUCCAGGUGGUUUGGGGUCGGCAAACUCAUGUCCCUCCUGCCUACCCACCUUCUGCCAAGGGCAAACCUCUCUGCUUCCCUGCAAAGUUCACUCCAUGCCAUUCAUUCCUGCCGUGAAGAAAAAAUCAGCCACAAAACAUUCUCAGUGAGCCUGUCAUGCAUCUUCCGGAUCUGACCCCUUGUCCAUGAAAAUCUCACAGGCUACAGACUCCAGCCUCCUGGGUUGGAGCUUAGGACCAGCAGCAGGACACGCCUGGGCCUCCCUGAGCAGAGAGCAGAGAAAAACACAAACAGCCUGCCCCCACCCAGUCUUCUCUAUGCGCUAUUGUGUGUCCAGGCCGGAAAGUAGCACUUUGAGCCCAAAGAGAGAUUCGGCCCUGUGACCAUCUUUGUCCUGAUGCUUUGCGGGUGGAGAGUUAUUUAAGAGAAGUCUUCUGAAAUUUCCACCAUUCCCAAGAGAUUGGUAACAUCUGCAGCAGGUGACUGCUUUGUUUUUUAACUAUAAUUGCUCACCAGUUGGGCCCAGGGCUGGCACCACGACCCCCUUAAGCCAUGGCCCUGACUGUGCUCCUGGCUUUCACAGAUUCCACUGCAGAGAAAAUAAAAUCAUAUUGACAACUA